AUGCAGAAAACGGAGGGAGAAGAAUCAAAGGCAGAAAAUGAAGAAGUAAAACAAGUUACGUUGAUGACUUCAGACGGAGUGAAGAUGAAAGUAGAAAUUUCAAUCGUGUACGAGAUGGAGAUUGUGAGGUCCUUCAUCGAGGUGAAUGACGCUGACCAUUCCGUGCCUUUUCCGCUUCCCAAUGUCUCUAGCCACACUCUCGAUCUAAUCAUAGAGUUGGUGAAAAAUGAAUAUGACGAUGAAUUCAUGAAGACGUUCAGUCACGACGAGUUGAAGGAAGUGCUUGUCGCUGCUAAUUAUCUCAACAUGAAAACUCUCCUAGAUUUUAUUGCUACUGCCAUUGCAAAUCUUCUUGAGAAAAAGAGUGUUGAGUUUAUUAGAAACUUCUUCAAUAUAGUUAACGAUUUUACACCUGAGGAAGAGGCUGAGAUUCGCAAAACUAAUGAAUGGGUAUUUCAAGACCUUGAUGAAGAUUGA